AUGCAGGAACUCAACCAGUCCACUGCGACAGAAUUCAUCCUGUUGGGCUUUGCCUCGAGCCCCAGGACCGACCCUCUGCUCUUCACCUUCUUUCUAGUCUUUUACCUGCUGACCCUUGUGAGCAACAGCCUCCUCAUCACCCUCAUCCACCAGGACACACGCCUCCACACGCCCAUGGACUUCUUCAUCAGUGUCCUCUCCAUGCUGGACGUGUGCUACACCACCACGACUGUGCCCCAGAUGCUCGUGCAUAUUCUCAGCAAGAAGAGAGCCAUCUCUUUUGCUAGAUGUGUGGCCCAGAUGUACAUCUUCCUCCUCUUAGGGAUCACUGAGUCCUGGCUUUUCUCCAUCAUGUUGGUGGACAGGUACGUGGCCAUCUGCCACCCUCUCCGGUAUAAGGUCAUCAUGAGCCGCUGGGUGUGCCUCCUCAUGGUGGGCAUCUGGGCAGCCUAUGGUGUGGUGGGUGGUCUGUCCUAUACCUUCUUUGCUAUGCGCCUUCCCUACUGUGGCCCUAAUGAAAUUGACCACUACUUCUGCGAGGUCCCUGCAGUUCUGAAGCUGGCCUGUGCAGACACAUCCCUUAAUGAUUUGGUGGACUUCAUCACAGGCUUCAAUGUCAUUGUGGUCCCACUCUCCCUGAUUGUCCUUGUCUAUGUUAACAUCUUUGACACCAUCAUGAAGAUCCGCUCAGCCCAGGGGCGGGUCAAGGCCUUCUCCACCUGUGCCUCCCACAUCACCGUGGUCACCAUGUUUGCGAUUCCAUGCAUCGUCACGUACAUGAGCCCUGGCUCUGACUCCUUGUCAAACAGUGGCAAGAAAAUGGCCCUUUUCUACAAGAUUGCCACAGCCUUCCUCAACCCUGUCAUCUACAGCCUGAGGAACAAGGAUGUGAACAGGGCCUUCCUCAAAUUGGUGGGCAGGGGCAGGGCCCCAGAGUGACUCUCUAAAGAUGAAGAUGUGGGGAGCCAUACAAUGCAGGAUGCCCACUUGCCCCAAAGACUCUUCUACCAGUCCUAAAGAGAUGGUCUUCAUAAAGCUAACUCUUCACCCUGGCCCAGCGGGAGAGAACAAGGUGCUUGAUCAUCAGCAUUUUCUCUGGCAUUGUAGUCCGAGACAAAUAUGAUUGGGAAGAUCCAACACAGUUGUUAAGAGCCUGGACUCUAGUGCCAGAGAGACGAAGAUGAGAGACUUGGAUUUACCAGUUACUAGACAUGUGAAUUCUUGCAACACAUUUAACUCCUCAAAGGUUUGUAUCUCUCCUCAGAGAGAAAUCGCAAUGAUUAAACGAGAUAUUACACAAAAUGUACAGAGCAU